AUGAGAUUUAUGUGGUUGGCCUUUACGGUAAUUGCUACAGUAACCUUAACAAGUAAUGUUCAAGCCGACACUAAUCCUUUUGGCGUUGGACUGGCUGAUUUGUUGCGUAAGUAAACUAGUAAUUAGCCUGUAAGCCUAGCAGAGGCCCCUAAUCCAAAACCCUAGCCCAGAGCCUUAGUCCAAAGCCCUAGCCCAGUGCUAUAGUCCAAAGCCCUAAUCUAGAACCCUAGUCCAGAGCCCUAGCCCAGAGCCUUAACCCGGAGCCCUAGCCCAAAGCCCUAGCUAGAGCCCUAGCCAGAGCCCUAGCCAGAGCCCUAGCCAAAGCCCUAGCCCAAUACUAUAGUCCAAAGUCCUAGCCCAGAGCCUUAACCCAGAGCCCUAGCCCAGAGCCCUAGACCAUAGCCCUAACCCAUAGCCCUAACCUAGAGCCUCUAGCUCUAUCUGUAGGCUUUGUUUUGUCAUACCCUUUCUGUAAAAUGACACUUUUCAGCAAUUGUUCAACAAAAAGCCCCAGAAUUCUUGAAUCAGCUGACUGGUCGUGAUCGUCAAACCUUCAACAAUGUUAUAAAUGAUGACAUUAACCAAUUGCCAAAGGCUGAUAAGGGUCUGUUCCGCAAAUUUGUCGAUUUUGCUUUGAACUUUUUGGUCAGCAGUGGCAAAGUCGAUGGUACUGUUGGUUCUGUGCUGAAAAGUGUAAGUUGUUUAGAGCAGCAGAGUUUAAUUUUUUUAGUUCAGAAUGCUUUUUAAAAAACAUUUCGAAAAAAUUUCAACUUAAAAAAAUUUUAAAUUUUGGAGUUUGGUACCUAGAAAUGCAUUUUCCAGGUAGUACCAAUGAUGUUGGAUGAUGGAAACAACAAAUUGUCUACCACUGCCAAGAUCAGCCAGAUGGUUGGAAGUUUGUCUCCAGAACAACGUCAACAAAUCGAAAACAUCUCUCCGGCUUUCAAAACUGUCUUCAACAGUAAGUUAUUAUCUGCAUUAAGCAAAUUGAAAGUAUUAUACAUUAUAACUUCUGUAUGACAUAUUGCUUUAGGGGUUAUUAAACUCCUAAAGCAAUAUGGCUUUGGUAUGAAGAGGUUUUGUUAGAGGGGCCAACUAGGCCCAGCCUCGAGCAAGGCUGAUGAAAUUUUGAAAAGGGUCGGGUUGGUCUAUGUGGGUCCAAUGACCUGGGCUAAAACUAAGACCCUCGAGGCCCAGUUUAAGUCCCGUAACAACAAAUUUGACUUGCGAAAAGUCCUGUAAGCCUUAGUGCCAAGCAGUCCUGUAAGCCUUAGUGCCAUGCAGAUGUUAUCAGCUUAUUCUGACUCUUUAUAGGUAUUGACACAUAUUAAAACUUCGUUAUAACGACAUGUUCAUAAUCCUCGAGCCAUUCUUUAUACAGGAGUUCAACAGUUUAAACAAAUUUCAUAAAUUAAAAAAAGACUAUUUUUUACGAAUUUCAGUGAUUGGUCUGAACGCUGCUAACCCAGUUUCCUUCAAUUUGCCAUUGAUUGCCGCUUCGACAGUGGCUAUGUUCCUCUUCCGUCAACUUUUGUAA